AUGUUAAAUGACGACACUGCCAUGGUGGCUAAGCGACAGAAACAAAGUGUGAACGAAAUUAACAAUAUUGAUGCCGAUAUACAAUCUUUAACAGCAACAAUUGUGAAUGAAACGCUAACGUUAUUUGUGCAAUUGUUAAAUAAACAGAUUCGUCGAACAAUUUUCGAUGUAUACAGAUCGACCCUUAUUGUUAAAUGUCCUGCAUUAAAUAUUCAAGAUGUUACGCCUGAACUGCAUUAUAAUGACCCUUAUGUAUUGCGAAAAAUAUAUUUUCUCGUUUUGUAUUUUGUGAUUAACAAGCAUUAUCUAUAUUCUCCAUCGAAUAGUAGAGAAGCAAAUAGCAAUCUGGGCAAAAUGUUAAAUUUAAUUGUGAUGCACGAUCAAAUUACGACUCAAGAUAUUUGUUUAUAUGGUACUAUAGUCAAUGACAGCUCAUCAAUGAUAACAUUACAUGUUUAUCAGUCUUCAACGUUGAGUUUAAUUAUUCAAUUAUUGAAAAAUAUAUUGAAUAUCCCAUUUGUAAAAAGAAUAUAUUUGGACCUGAUUAACGACGAAGCUAGAUCUGAUAAACAAAUCAACAUGCCUGAAUUAGAUGAAAUAAUCGAUAAUAUAAUCAAUGAAAUUUUUGUCAAACGUGGCAUUUCGUUCGCUAAUUUAUCGAUGUGUUUUUCUGGUGUAACAUGUUUUAAUCGAACGGUGAUAUUGAAUAAGAAUGUGGUAAUUCCAGCACUCUUAAUGAACGAACAAACUCUCGAAGAUAAUGCUGUAAUGAAUGCAUCUAUUAUUCUUAUUAUUAUCCAUGAAUUUUUCCACAUUCUUCGACGAACAACUAUUCCGAGAGCGUUUGAUUUAUUUUGCGAUCGAACACCAAAGAGACCAAUAUUGUCCAGAAACAAUGAACUAGCUACAGAGGGCGGGACACAAGUUGAAGAUAGACUAUUUGGAGUCGUUUGUGGAUCAAUGGGUUUCAUAUGCGCUCUAUUUUUACUUGAUAUUCGGAACUGGGAUGAAUCAACACAUGAAAAUUUCAAACUGUCAUUUCAAACAGCAAAAUUGCAGGAUGAGCAAGCAGACCCGAAAAAACAAAAUAUUUGGUAUUUGCCAGACAGAGCAAGUUAUUGCACUCAUGAAGAAAAGGAUGAUAACUGCGAAAUAAAAAUAUUCUCACAAUCACCGUCAAAUUGUUGGAAAUUAGGAAUAUGUGCAACACCAUAUCCCAGUAAAUAAUAACAAGAUGAAGAUGUAUUACGUGACAUUCUCUUUUGUAAAUAUCAUUAACUAAACGAUGAAUUAUUGUUAAAAAUGCUCUGAUCUAUUUUAUUUAUCUUUUUUAAUACUCAAAUAUGUUUUUUAUACCUCACUUAGUGAGCUGAUGGAAAAAAUUUUGUUCGGACUGUGUUCAUUUGUUGCGGUUUUUUGAAAAUGAUUAAUGAUUUCAAUCCUACUAGAAUCGAAAAUAUAGCUGUUUCAUGCUGUUUGUGAAUAUCAAGUAAAAAUAGAGUGUGCAUGAAACCCAUUGAUCCACAAACGACCCCAAAUAGUCUAUCUUCAACUUGUGUACGGCCUUCUGCAGCUAGUUCAUUGUUUCUGGACAAGAUUGGCCACUUUAGUGUUCGAUUGCAAAAUAAAUCAAACGCUGAUUGAACAUCUUAAGGCGAAAAAAUAAAAAAACCUGAUGACGUUUAAAACUCGAAAGAAUGCCUACUUUUUAAAAGACUUGGUUUUCGGAACGCUGGAUGUAUUUCAUAACUCUCAAACUAAAUUUCUCUUCUUCAGUAUAUAAAAACAAGGCUAAUAAUCUUUAUUUGAAAUCAAUCAAACAUAUUUUUACCGUUAUAAUCUUGAUGGCAAAAAGAGAAUUGAAAAGUCCAACUUUUCAUUUUGUAAAUCUAUCUAGGUUUUGUUCUCUAAACACAUAGUCCUCAUUUAUGUCUCAUCAUAACCGCUAAUUUGCCAGCAAUAAAAGUAUCCAUUACUUUUUUUGAAAUUUUGUUUCGUUGAUGAGAUGUUUUAAUUUUACUGAAAUUUAGGUAAUUUUGACAGAAAUGAGCCGAGUGUUUUUCAAUAAAAUUCUUGACGAAAAUACUCUAAAUCGGAUUUUAUAAGAAAAAAGUGAGUGGAAAACUCAGUGAACAGACUUUCAAGAUCUUCCCUGUUUUUCGCACGGACUUUCGAAAAUCAGGUUUUCAAGGAAAUGCUUUACCAUGUACAUUCCUAAUUAUGGUUUUAAAUUUGGUGAUAAGAUUCCUAAAUGGUGUGAUUAACGUGAACAUAUUAGAAAAAUAGUGCUGAGUACUAUUCUCAUGCAGAAUGCGAUUAUAAUGAUGAUAAUGAUGUGAAUGUUCCUCAAAAACGAGAUAUCUACCACACAAAUGAUAUGUUCCUCUUCUAAAAUUAUGAUGUAUCAUGGAAUAAUUUAGGAGAAACUAAAACACAUCAUCGAAUUGACAUUGAAGUGAAUAAUGUAGUACUGAAACCUGGAGAAAACAUUGAAAAACGUAACUGCAUUAUGUUUUGAUUCGAUGUUCUACUAUUGGUUUUACAGCAUAGUCCACACACUAAUAGACCUCUUGACAAGAACGGGAAAAUAGUUCCUUAACAUUUGUCUUCGGUCUUUGUAUGUGAAACAUACUUGUGUGGCGUCAUCAUCAUAGCUUUCCUUUCGUUUAAUAUUUUUCCCAAUAGAAAAGUGCCAUAAAAAAUGGAACGCUUAUUCACGGCUAAAAUAAAUCAAUGGAAAUAUUUUUAUUUUUUGUGGGUUACAUUUUUUAAGGCAUGCUGCAUGAAUGCUUCUACAUCUACUAAAGGUAGCAGACAUAUAAGUAACAAAUUUUUCCUUGCCUUGGGACGCCUUUGUCUUUUAACAAAUGCAAAUCUGCGCUGUGUAUCAACGAAGGGCUUCACAUGCAUUAAGGGUGCCCCCUCAGAAAAUAACUUUUUUAUCUUACAUCCGAUAAACAUAUUUCCAUUGAUUUAUUAACGGUUCGUUUCGCCUCUUUAAAAAAACUGAAAGCAGUAGCUUGCUAAAUCUGUAGGACUUGUACUUGUGCGUUUUGCCUCCG